UAUAUAAUUUACUGUUAUAAUUUACAAAUUAAGAUACACAACAAGAUGUGAAAGAAGCCAUGUUUGACUUGGUCAGGUCACCAUGCCGCCUCUCUCUCUCCCUCUCAAAAGACCGGUGACUAUGAUUUUCAAAUCACAGUCAACAAAGUGUUCUUCCUCCCACUUUCCUCCCGACAUCCCCACUUCUACUUCUUACCCUAACAUUCCAAACAAUAAAUUACGAUCUCGAUCGAUUCAGUGUACACAAACACAAUACACUACCAUUGCAUACUCCACCCUACGUAUUCACGAUCCACUUUUGUUGUUUUUCACAAUUAUAUGGAAGAAGAAUGCACGACGCCGAAGCAGCAGGAAAGUCGAAUUCCGGUUGCAACAGAGUGCCCACCUCCGCCCAGAAAGAAGGCGGCAGUCCGCCGGAAGAAGCGGGAGCAGUCGAAGGUCGGGUAUUUCCAUCCACCAGAACUUGAUACAUUCUUCGCCGGUGAAGCAACAAGGAGAAUUUGGGUUUAAGCUCUCCUUAUGUUUUAGGAAUUUAUUAUCUUUUUCUACGUUACGUCUAUAUAUAUUUUUAGGAUUAAUGACUGACAAAUUAAUAUUUUUAUUUUAUUUUUUGUUAAUUUAGAUAAACAGUUUUCUUUUAAUAACAGACUUAUCUACCUUCAAGUUUUCUUCUCAA